CACCAUUCUCACACUUAGGCUACUCUCACUGUGAUAACCGUGGACAUAUCUACACUUUUGCCUCUCGGCUUAAAAAAGAACGCAUUAAUAAGGAAUCACGGUGCUAGUAAAAGACAGUAUGCCCACGGACAUUACCAAUUGGCGCGAAGCUGGACACAACAUCUGGGGCUUCCAGAACGUUGACAAAAUCGUUCCGACUGACCCGAUCAGUAAGGGUUCCGAAAUAUCCAGUCUGAAGUCUAAACCAUGCAAUUUCGAAGACUUCAGACUCAACGUCCCAAAGGACAUGCCUAUGGACCUGCCAUCGUUUCUCUCGCAGACCGAAACCGAUGGGCUUGUCGUGCUCAAGGAUGGCUUUGUCGUUUUUGAGCAUUACGGUCGGAGCAACACCAAAUCGUCCGUUCACGCAACAUUCUCGCUAUCAAAAUCAUUCCUCGGUCUUCUCUGUGGCGUCCUCGUGGAGCAGGGCAAAUUGGCUACCACCAAUCUAGUCUCAUCGUACAUCCCAGAGGUUAAAGGGUCUGCCUACGAAACCGUGACGGUCCGACAGUUGCUGGAUAUGCGAUCAGGCGUCAAUCACAACGACGCGUCUCCCCGUUAUCGCAGUGCUACAGGCCUAUAUCCUCUGGAGCCGCACGAGCAACCAACGGAUCUGCACACUUACAUUCCCACAAUCCAGUCUUCGCGGUCUGCGGCUGUCGAUGGGCUGGAUGGUCCGCCAUUUGAAUAUAUCUCCGCCAACGCUGACCUCAUGGGUUGGGUCAUUGAGCGAGCCUCUGGCCAAAAAUUCGCAAAAGUGCUCAGUGAAACCAUUUGGCAACGUAUGGGAGCUGAAAGCGACGCUUAUGUCACUGUGGACCGCAGUGGCAAUGCCAGGGCCGCGGCCGGAAUAUGCGCUACUGUUCGCGACAUUGCUCGUCUUGGUCAAGUCAUCCUUCGGAGUGGCACGGGCAUUGUGCCCGAGACCUGGAUCCAGGAUAUUCUGCACGGUGGAAGUGAGGCCGCUUUUGCCGCUGGCUCGGAGAAGGGCGAAUAUGACCGGUUUUUCGACAAUGUGGCGUACCGUUCCUAUUGGAUUGUGGACCGAAGCAGUCAAGUCUUGAUGGCCUCCGGGACAAAUGGGCAGCUUCUCCUUGUUGAUUGCAAGAAUGACAUUGUGAUGGCGAAGACAAGCUCGCAGCCAAAGAGGACGGACUGGGGAAAGAUCCACCUUACCGUGCAAGCUUUCAAGGAAUUCAGGAGACUCAUAGAUGGACAAGAUCUGAGAGUUUAGUGAGAGAACUGACGGUUCAGAGCGGUGACAACGCCGAAAAUUCUAGUUUCAGACCAUGCAUGCCAGCAAUAUUUGCAGGGUAUUGCCUAAAUCAUCAAUUCAAG